UCUCAAUCUCUUCCCACUCUCCAACCUCAUCAUUCACACCCUUCGUUCGCUCUUCAUUUUCUGAAUCGACGUCUCGCUCCGAUACCAAAGGUCUCUUCAACGCCCUUUGCCGGCCACGCAAGCGAAGCAUUUACAAUGACACGCAAACCCCACAAAGCCCGGCCUGCUCAGCCUUACCAAUAUGAAGAGCUGCCUCAUGAUGGGUCUUUCCGCUACAUCAUUCUACACCGAGGCACCGGAAACGACCCUCUCAAAUGCAGUCUACAGGCAGCGCCCUUGGGCAAGACAACAUUCGAGGCUAUAUCAUAUGUCUGGGGCAAAAGCAAAAAGAACAAGAAGAUCAUCUGCGACGGCCGCGUGAUCAGAAUCACCAAGAGUCUUUCCAACGUGCUGCGGCGACUUCGACUCCCUCAUAAAAGGCGUAAGUUAUGGGCUGAUGGCAUUUGCAUCAAUCAAGAUGAUUUAGAAGAGAAGGGGCACCAAGUAGCCAUUAUGGGGGAUAUAUACCGGUCGGCGAAGUGUGUCUUAAUUUACAUCGGAUCCGAAGACUAUGGCGAUGGACCACUGGUGUGCUCUUUGCUGGAUGACGUCAAUCGGAUGAUCGACGAGACUUGCAAACACAUCGAUACGUCGCAGGGUGCCUUUCCUUUCGUCCAAGAUGAUGAUACCCUCCGGUCCGACUCUCGCUGGAUUUCUCUGCUCAACCUGUUCCGUCAAAGCUGGUUCAGGCGUGGUUGGGUUGUCAGAGAAGCGGCAUCUGCGCAUUACGGUCUAGUCAUCUGGCACAAUAGCGAAUUCAGCUGGGAAAAGCUGAUGCGAUUGUACAUUUGGUUGUUAAUGCGUGGGGGCGGAAUAUAUGGGAAAUUCGACUUCUACAAAGGGACUGUGUGGUCCCAUGCGCAGGCUUUCAGAGAGAAAGAGAAGGCCAUUGUUGAAACUAUAUGUACGGAGUACGAAUGGCCCACGCAGUCUUUGCUAUCACAGCUCAGCACUGGAAAAACGCUGCAGUUAUCAGACGCUCGCGAUAGAGUAUACGCUUUCAUGGAGCUCUCUGGCAACUUCAAGCGUGUGUUUAUUAUGAACCCCGACUACCACCUAGCACCUCUAGAGGUGUAUCAUCAAUUCGCAGUAACAUAUAUUCAAGAAACAAACGACAUUACCAUACUGGAUCAUGUUUGUCACGAUUACGAAUGGAACAGGAAAAUCGAUGACAUACCGUUUGUUGACAUACCGUCAUGGAUACCACGCUGGGAUGUUCGUAGGUGGUCACUUUCGGCAAAGGGAAUUUUACGCUGGCGGCGUGCCAGUGCUCGUGACGGAUCCAUUCAUGAACCCAAAAUCAUAGAUUCUUGUAUUCUUUCCGCAAGAGGUGUUAUUGUCGAUAGCGUUCUUUAUGCUUCAGAUAUCUUCCCUGUAGAUGAAGAGGAGAUGCAGCAAAUAUUGGAUGAUGUGUGGGGCGUUAUCUCUCAGACGCUCAACACCUCGCCUUACGGAACUUCUCACAUUAUAGAGGCCUUCUUAGAUUGUCUAAGCCUCGGUAGAAGCGGUGGAAAUGCGGAAUAUUGGCUUCGGUCUAGGGAUACAUUCAUUACACAUCGCAAGGCCGCCUGUCAUGACGGAUUGGCAUCCGGCGACACCGCACACGACGAUGAUGUAUCAUCUAGUGCUAGGAUCGUUUGGAAUUACUUCAAGAGCUACAUACUAGGAAAACGAUUCAUCUUUACCAGGCGAGGAUACAUGGGUCUGGCUCCUGAUGUUACCAAGGAAGACGAUUCAUGCGCAAUCAUCUUUGGUUGCCGCUUGCCCUGCAUCUUGCGACAGACUGGUCGAAAGCAGCAAUACAAAUAUAUCGGGUCGACUUGGUUAUUGGGCUCACAUUCGUACGAGGGUGAUGGCGAGCCCAUCUUUUGGUAUCCACUAGGUCACGACUAUAGCAAGGAGUGGGUGAAUUGGGACGUCGAAGAACAAGACAUCUACCUGGAAUGAGGUUGAAGACUCCAUUCUACCAGCUUGCAAAACUUUGAGAUGCACAAACGCUCGCCUGAC